AUGGAGAAGAAAGCCCCUACCAACCAGACCGAAGUCCGCGCCUUUCUAGGAUUGGCGGGUUAUUACCGCAAGUUCGUUGAGGGAUUCUCCAGCAUUGCGAGACCCUUAACGCAGCUGUUGAAGAAGGAUAAGAAGUUCGAGUGGACCGAUAAGUGUGAGGCGAGUUUUCAGGAACUCAAGAAGCGAUUAGUUACAGCCCCCGUCUUGACCAUGCCCGAUAUCACCAAGGAUUUUGAUGUGUACUGCGAUGCAUCAAAAUUGGGUCUGGGGAGUGUGCUGAUGCAAGAAGGCAAGGUGAUAGCCUAUUUGUCAAGGCAACUCUGA